UUACCUGAAAUCUUGUUGGAUUCGUGUCGAUUUUUAGUUUUGAAUAUUUUGUUUAUCACUUUGUAUUAUUAUUAUGAUGAUCUGAUAAACAAUUAAAUGACUAAAUGGUUAAUUAUAGUGUGUUGAACAAUGUUGGUAAUCCGGUUCUUCUGAUUCUUAUAGUGGUUGUUUAGCUGCCUUUUGAAGUUUUAGUUUUGUUGACGGCUUGUGAUUUAGUGGUAAUAUAUGAUUUAAGUAGAGGUAGAAUUUGAAGGUUGAAAUAAGGGUAAUAUGUGAUUUAAAUAGAGUGAAUUUGAAGGUUGAAAUAGUAUACUUCCUCCGUUCUUAUUUACGCGACACGAUUGAAUUCUGGAUACUAUGCACACAAGUUUCUUUUACUUCCUCAGUCAUGUGGGUCCUUGUUACGUCUCAAUAAAUAUUUUUAAAAUAUUAACUUUUUUAUAAUUUUUUCUGAUCCAUAAUUAAAAUAUUAAUGUUUGAAAUCGUGUAUUAGUAAACGGUGACUAAAUAAUUGUGUAAUAUAAAUAAGAACGCAUGAAGUAUAAAUUAUAUGCUUGAUUAAUAUUUAGUGUUAAAGGGGUGGAGUGGAAGAUGCUAAAGAAUAUAUUAGACUAUCGGUGAAUUGAUGUUGAAUGAGGAAGAUGGAAGAGGCAUUGAAGUUGUAAACAAAGAUUUGGUUUAUGAUAUAGAUAUAGUGUUAUCAAGGCUACACUAGGUAGAAAGAUAUGAACAAGAAAUUGUUCAAAAAUAAACAAAGAUUUGGUUUGCCAUUGCAAUUAGGAACUAAGUUGAGAAUGAUAGUUUGGCACAACUAGGGUGUUCAAUUGUAUUCGAUUCAUUCCCUAAGGUUCAAAUUGUAUUCGUUGAUUCAUUCCCUACGAUUCAUACACCAUUACAACCUAAGGAACUUAAGGGUGAGAGGCUGAAGCCACAUGAACUUAUGCCCAAAAAAAGUAGGGAAGAGGAUCAAAGUAGGAAUAGGAUAGAUAAUUUUGUUGUCUAUAUUUCUAGACCAAAAAUCAUAUUACAUAUAGGAAAACAAAUCUCAACAAGGAGAAGGAGAAUAUGAAGAAUUAAAUAAUUAAAUAAUUGCCUUAAUAUACAAUAGACGAUCCACAUUUACUCCCUCCGGUUUAUGAUAACUUGCAUUACUUGCUUCUUUCGGCUGUUUCUGAAUACUUGCAACACUUCCUAUUUUGGCAUGCGAACACUCAUUCUUUAUUGUUUAUCUCUUCUUUUUACACCACUUGCACCAAUUCUUUAUUGUUUCUAUUGUCACAUAAACAAUUAAGAUAUCACCAUUAACCUGAGUUUCACAUUAAUUUAUUCAUUCCCAUGUACUACCCACAAGUCCACAACCAUUUCUAAAACUACGCCCAAACACAAGUGUUGCGAGUAUUCGGAAAUGGAGGGUCUACUAUAUAUUAUAGACAUAGCUAAUGGCCAUCUUUCUAUGCCUAUUGCCUACAAUCUACAAUGAAAAUGAAAAUGAAUUAGCAAAGCAAAACAAUAGACAAUCCCAAUUGAUAUCUUUAAGGAGAUAGGCUAAUCAAUCAAUUAAUAAAUCAACUUUGCAUUGAUAAUACUAAAAAAGUUGACUUAGAACUGAGUCAAUUGACUAAUUAAGUCACCUGCUACCACUAGCUAGUCUACUACUCCUUUGAUUCAAACUACAACAUUGACAGUAUUGAUACUUUUGAUAUAUCAUAAUAUAAUCAGGGCACAUGACUUUGCAAUUAAUUACUCGUAAAUGUCGUAAUUAUUGCUACCAGCUUCCCCUACUCACUUUGUUUUAUAUGAUCUCAUUCACAUGUACGCGAUCUGGUCUUAGUAGCAACCCGAAACUCUUUAAUUACAGUCCUAGCAUUAUCCUUGAGUCUGUCUAGCUUCCCUCCAUCUCAGAAACAAUGAUGAGUACCCAACAGCCCUCAAAAGGAAAAAUAACAGAUGAUUCUGCAACAUUACCAGUAUCUAAUGCUAAUUCUCAUGAGAUUUUACCCGGGAGCCCAAUCUGUGAUACCUCUGUAAACAUUUUAGAGGAUAAAUCAGUUACACCACCUUCUGUCCUGAAGAUGAAUCAUCCGCCACCAUAUCAGAUACCUGAAGUAUGCUCAUGGUCAUCCCUGCCUUAUAUACUGUUUGGCCUUCUUUUUCUUCCAUUUUCUUUAACAAUUUUCUUAUGCUUCGCUACAAUUGCAGCCACUGCAGCAUUACCGCUGCUAGUGGUUUUCUAUGUCGUUACUCGAUUGUUUCAGUUUACUAGGCAUGGUGAAGGCUAUGAUAAUGCCACUUUGCUUAAGGUUUACAUCAGAACUUGGAUAUUCUUGGAUAUGUUGUUGUUACUGGUAUCUGCAGGGGUAUUCUCUGUAAUUGUUAAACAUGUUCCGCUCUUAAAACAUGUUACCUUAACCGGGUUGUCGUUAACAGAUUGGAUACACGUAUACUGCGUGAUCUUUGGCAUCUAUGUUUUUAGCUUAUUCAUUUCAACAUUUGCCAAUACUACCAUACCAUUAGUCCCGUUGGAUCGUAGAGAGAGCGGAGUUAAUGUUUCUGAAGGAGUGACUGAGAUAUUUGACUGUCUUAUUUUCUGGUUAGCGGAGUUUGAAGUUAUGAAACGAGUCCCUACUUUUAAGCACCAUAAAAUGUUGGGGUUGUACAGUAAAAACUGGAUUGAAGCCUCUCUUUUCAUCCUCAUUGUGUACAAUAUCAUUAGCUUGUCUACUCAUGCAAUCAUGUGGUUGUUACAGAAGUUUGUUUGUGAGAAACUCGAUCCAGGAUUAAAUGAAAAACAAACAUUAUAUUUGGUGAUAGAAAAGUUGAUGAGCAGGAAAUAUCUAGUAUAUUUCGCCAAUGGAAUUAAACACAGCAUGAACUACAUCUUCUUCUCAUUGUUUCUUCUACUUGUUUGGGUUUUGUAUUUUGGGUCCCACUUAGAAGGAACCACUCGGGCUAAAAAUGUUAUUGAAUACGGAACUUGGACUUGUAUCUGUUUCUUUAUCUGUUCUGUUCUUUGGCUGAUUAAAACUUGUGUAAUACUUUCAUGGAAGGCUCGUUCAGUUUACAGCAGAUUGAGGAUCAAAAUAUUGGAAGGUGGAAAGCAAUUGUACUUCCUUGGUAUCAUUGGUCGUCAUAGCUACGACAUCUUCAACGUUCUGCAUAAGGAAACAAGUGAUACUGUUGAUUUAGCAUCCCGUGGUAAUAUCCUUACUUCAAUUCUGUGUGAUGAGUCUGAUGAAGAGUUUUCAUGUUUGGAUAAGUCUGACUAUGUGGUGGAUAGUAAUGGGAAGGAUUUUUCGAGUAAAAGGAAGAAAGUAGUUAAGGAUGAGUUGUUAAUAAUGCACCAGGUUCCUACUAUGUAUGAUGUACAAGAAGCAGCUCUGUACUUUCUGAAUGCUAGAAAUGAUUUGUUGAAUGAGAAGUAUACGUCUGACAUCCUCGAACAAUUGAAGAGCUGUAGUGAAGACGGAAACUAUCAUAGCAGAAGUACCGAAGAAUAUCUAAAGAGACUUGUCGAAGUUGGAAACACUGCACAUGUCGAAACCCAAGAUUCGCCCAGGGAUACAAAACUAGGGAAGAAAGUGAAGCAAGAAUGGGGCUAUUUUGAAGAUCAGCUGCAUGAAUAUACUGCGGAUUCUUUGGAAGACAGUACAUCAUCUUUCGAAACAAGUCUUGAAAUAUGGAUGGAAAGGGCACACAACAAUUGUUUAGUUCUCGCUAAUACAUUAAGUAGCGCUGAAGAGGUUGUGGACUGUUUGAACAAAAUCAUCAGUACGCUUCUGAUAGCUGCAACUUUCAUAUUGUGGCUGCUUAUAUCUGGCCUAGCUACCACAAAAGUACUUGUGCUCAUCGCAUCACCAUCGAUAGCUGUAACUUUUAUAUUCAGAGAUGUUUGCAAGACGGUGUUUUAUGGGAUCGUGUUUGCGUACGUGGUGCAUCCUUUUGAUGUUGGUGAUUUAUGUUUCAUCGACGAAAAUCUGAUGGAGGUAAAAACAAUUGGCAUUUGGAAAACAACCUUCACAAAAGUUUCUACACAAGAGGAGGUGAUAUAUUCUAAUCCACAAUUAGCCCAAAAAAGCAGCAUCAACUACAAAACGGAUUUCAACUGGAACGAUUGUUUAGAGUUUGAUGCAGACUCUCUAGAGAAGGAAACAAUCAGGAAUCUUAAAAAGGAAAUCGAACAAUACCUUGAAGGCAACAAAGAUAAAUUUAGACCAGGUUUCAACUGUGUGGAAGUAGUGCCUGCUGUGGCUUCUGGAGAAAACAUCAAGAUAGCUGUUAAUUUUAGACACAAUGUGAAGCUUAAGAACAACACCUACUUUCAAUGUCUCAAGGAAAAGCGCAAUCUACGGUCAGAAAUCGUUCUCUAUGUACAAAACCUAAUUGAUCAAAACAAAAAUGCAGGAUCAAAAUCAAAAACUUCAGAAAAAUCUGCAGACUGCGCUGAAGAAAAGACGGAGACAUCAAAUGACAGCUUAAUAUGUAAAUGAAAGUGUAGAGUCCGCUCGGGUUCUAAUGGGUGAAAUUCUAGCAAUUAUGGAAGGACUGAGAAUUGCAAUGCAACAAGGGUGGAGGAAAAUCCUAGCUCAUUUAGACUCAAAGGCCGAUGUAGACAGGAUUGUAGAACUUGAUGAUAUUUAUGAUAUUAAUCAUAAUAUUAUCAUACAAUGCAGGGCGUUUAUGGGUGGGAUUGAGGCCUUGUUCUCUUCACCUGACGUGGUCUAAAUCUGAUGUUUCUGACUUUCUUGUUUUUCUGGAUGUUUUCAGUGAGUGUUUUUUGCUUUUUCUGGUCUGACCUAAUAAGCAAUAAGGAUAAGGUGAAGAGAACAAAACCGAAUCAUUCAAGCUGGAGCAUGCAGGGCGAGAGACUUUGUAGAAAUCUGAUUGUAACACUUCUGCUGACUUGCUUUAUUCUCUUCACCUUAUUCUUAUUGCUUAUUAAAUCAAAUUAGAAAAAUCAUACCAGACCGGACCAGAUUAAACAAAAAGCACUCAGAGAAAAUAUUCAGACCAGACCUAACAUUUCUUUUGAGAAAAAGCCUCUGUAGGAGUUAUUUUAGCUAACACAUCUGGUUUGGUUUGGACAAGCAUUUCUUUUGUUGCGCUUUGGGUUCUUGGUUUUAAGGCUUAUCAUCACAAGGCCUUAUCCUUGGGGAUUUGGUAAACACAAAUUCUUACUCUCUCCGUCCCUUAAUACUCGACUUAUUUUGACUUUUUGCACUAUUCAUAUAAUUUAUUUUGACCCUAUUUUAGUUCUAUUAUAUGAAAAUAAAUGUUAGUAUACAAUAAAUUGUUGGCUUCA